UUGAUCCGCAAAGAGCUCUCAACUUCUCUUUUCCAUUCGAUAAUUUAAUAUUCUUAUUUAGAGUUGUGAAUUCUGGACAAUUCACCUAACGAGAAGAGAAGAGUUAUUCCUUCCGUAAGAUUUGACCCGAUCAUUUUAGAUUCAAUAAACUAAAAAAUCGGCUAAGUAAUUCCGUCUUGACAUCGGCUCUGGACGAAGCGGGCAGGCGCGUCUUCGGAAAAGUGAUUUUGGCGCGAAAACAUAUUUUUCCUUUCCUUCGAUUUUCAGCAAGUUGUGAAGAAAACCAGAAGAUUGAACAACGAUGGAGUCUCUUUAUAAUUCCAAGACUGUCAUCGUUGAAGGAAAGAGGUCCCCGACUGAGUCUCAAAAGAAGACAAACCUUGAUACACCUGAUUUAGAAGAUGAUCGUAAAUCUACUGACAGCCAGGCAGUAAAACAGAAACGACACCGAACAAGAUUCACCCCGGCUCAACUGAAUGAACUUGAAAGGUGUUUCGCGAGGACGCAUUAUCCCGACGUUUUCAUGCGCGAGGAACUAGCUGCUCGGAUCGGGCUAACAGAAUCCAGGGUCCAGGUUUGGUUUCAAAAUCGCCGAGCCAAAUGGAAGAAGCGCAAGAAGACAGCGUCAAUUCUUCGACCUCCCGCGCCUAUCCUUCCAUCCCACAUGGCUCAAAGCUACAAUCCAGGAUCUAUCGGAGAUUCAUUAUGUUCUUUUCACAAUGACCACCGCUGGCCACCAACAGUGACAGCAGCAAUGCCAACAAUGGCCCAGGGUCCUUCACCGUCGCUCUCUUUGUCACCACCACACCAUUCGUUUACUCAAUCCCAUGAUGUUUUGCCGCAGUCGUACCCUCUACAAUCACCGCUCCAGCGGUCACACAUUGGAAUGGCAAUCCAGCAACAGAGUAAUCCACAAUCACAGCCUAGUUAUCAGCAAUCGUAUGCAACGCGGGAAAUGACGAUUUCUUCUUCGCCUACGCUGCAGGACAUACAGUGCAACAUCAAUGGGGGUGUUUCAGCCCGAGGAUUAUGGGCACGAUUCUAACGCUGAUUCAACGCGGAACAAGCUAAGGAACGCCUGAGUAUCUCUCGUCUGUAUUCAAAUGAGCUUAUCAAACGUCAAGCAAAGUCACCUGUCAAUCAAACAGCGUUGCAAAUUCUUCUAGUCUGUCUGAUCUGAUGCUGGGAUGUCAUUCUUUUCUCGGCCAGCUAUCGACAGUAAACAAACAAUAUAUAUAUAUAUAUAUAUAUAUAUAUAUAUACUAUAACUUUAGAUGUGAACUUUUUUUAAAUCUGAAAAAACGACGAACAUCUUGUACGUAGUAAAAAAUCAUUUCAUGUAUUUAUUAAUUUUCUUUGAAUUUAUCAACAAAUAUUGGUGCAACAUAACUGCUCUAUGAACAAAUAUUAUGUUUUCUUCCAAAGCAUUGCUCUUUUUAUUUUAUUUUCAACUUUUAAAAAACACAACACUUUUUGAAUCCUUGGAGCUGAAACAUUUCAAGAGCUUUGAGAAAAAUCUUUUUUGCGGAUAUCAUGAACCAGCAAGCUUGGUGAUGUGAUGUGAUAUAUGUGGGAAAUGGUCAGUCAAAAUCGUUUAUUUUCUACUUGAGAGCAUACUUAUGACACAGAUCGCUGCUAUACUGUUGCGUACGAUUUUCCACUUGAUUCGUCUGAUACUACCGCAUCUAAAGUAAAAGAAAACCGCCUUAGCUAUGAAUAUGAGUUUGUUAGACUCUAAAUUUGAGAUCAUGAGAGGAUUAAUUCUUGAUUCGAUUCCCUGUGCGGUUUCUUUGAAACAAAUCACGCAAAGAAUCAUGGUCUCUCGCGCAAAGGAUUGUGAUCUCUGUCGCAAAGGGUUGGGUUCUCACGCAAACGAUUGAGGCCUCUGGUGCAAAAUAUUUCGGACUUAUACGAAAAGGAUUAAUGGUUUUAGCGCAAUUAGUCUUUCUUUGACGUCAAAGCGCAAAGGAUUUUGGGAUCUCUCGCAAAAAAUAAUGGCAAUGCUUAUAAAUUAAUGCAUUUCUGUUCCAACAGUAUUAAUACUCGUAAAAUGUCUGAUAGCUAUUAGAAAUCUUAAAUAAUAAAUAAAUAAAUAAAGUUGUAUUAUAUUAUUAGAAAAGUUAAUAUUUAUCCGACCUUAGUCCAUUGCAAAGGACUAUAGAUUCCAUCGAUCAUGCGCAGUGAGCACUUACAAAGCUAUUUGAAAUCAAAAAUAAGGUUCCAAGUUUACUAUUAUUUAACCAACACAAACAAAUAAAUUUUUUAAUUUGACGAAGGGUMAACACCUGAUUUUCAAUCCUCCUUAACUUCUAUAUUUGGAAUAAAAUCCCAGCAUACAUAUGGAGCAUGCUUUGGUCAGCCAUUUUAGUUUUACUAUAUUUAAAACUUAAGUUUUGUCCCUUAUUUAAAACAGGUCACCUUUCAAUUAAAAGUGCAUUUUGUAAUAUAGCUAAGCCCAAUAUAUGUAGUAUUUAAGAAUUUAGACUGGAAGAUACAUGUAAAAUCGUAUACAAAAAAUAAAUUAUGACUUACUUCAUA